UCAAGGCGGCAAGAAAAAAGCUUCGGAGCAAAGCCCCGUCGAAACAUCAGCGCAGGUUGCGGUCACUAGCCCCGCGGAUGCGGGGCAAGCCGCAUCACCCGCGUACGAGAAGGCGCACAAGAAACGCACCAAGAAGCACAUCAAGUCCCUCGACGCAAACCGCAGAGACAGCAAGUCUCCUGAGUGCGGUGCUGAGUCUCAGCCGGCCAAAGACAAGAAACCAAAGCGACAGUCGAAGGCCAAGAACAGCGGCGGAACCUCAGUGCCACGACCGUUGUCUCCCAUCGACAGCCCGUUGGAGCUUUCCCAACCGCCUCUGCCUUCCGUUGGAAAGUUGGCUACUACCCCGGAUGCGCUUCCGGCUGCGCCCCCUUCUGGUGCUCCUGAAGCACCUAAACCUGCAGACGGUCAUCCUUCCGAUGAUUGGGAGCGCGGUGAUCAUCUGUCUCAUGCUGGCCGUCAUCAUCGGUAUGCUCGUGUCGAACCGCAGGCGUGCCAGGGUUACUGGCACGAACGCCACCAGGCCGACCACAGUUAUCAGUGAUGACGUGGAGGUGACGGCUACAUCGGCAACAACGACCAGUGUCACAACGCCUAGUGCUACAACGACCGGCACGACAGGCACCGAGAACACCACAAUCAGCCACAGUCAGGGCGUGGUGGUAGAACAGACUGAACCGGUCAGCUGGGACACGGCGACAUUUUUGGUAGUUCCAUAGAGCGUCCGCUUUGUGUAUCCCGGCCUUAUUCCUUCGCAUGCUGAGGGUACAUUGUGCACAAGAGUGAAUACGACGCGAAUAUUUCGUAAGAAUUAAUUUUCAACAUG